AGCAGCAUGUCGGACGAAGGCGUGGGCUUUGAGCACAUGGGCCUGGAUCCCCGGCUCCUGCAGGCCGUCACGGACCUGGGCUGGUCGCGACCUACACUGAUCCAGGAAAAGGCCAUCCCGCUGGCCCUGGAGGGGAAGGAUCUCCUGGCUCGAGCCCGCACUGGCUCGGGAAAGACUGCCGCGUAUGCCAUUCCAAUGCUGCAGCUGCUGCUCCACAGGAAGGCGACGGGCCCGGUGAUAGAACAGGCUGUGAGAGGCCUUGUCCUUGUGCCCACCAAGGAGCUGGCAAAGCAGGCACAGUCCAUGAUACAACAGCUGGUGGCCUAUUGUUCUCGGGACAUCCGGGUGGCUGAUGUCUCAGCUGCUGAGGACUCGGCCUCUCAGAGAACUGUGCUGAUAGAGAAGCCAGAUGUAGUGGUGGGGACGCCAUCACGCAUAUUAAGCCAUCUGCAGCAAAACAACUUGAAACUUCGUGACUCCCUUGAGCUGCUGGUGGUGGAUGAGGCCGAUCUUCUUUUUUCCUUUGGCUUUGAAGAAGAACUCAAGAAUCUUCUCUGUCACUUGCCCAGGAUUUACCAAGCAUUUCUUAUGUCAGCAACUUUCAAUGAGGAUGUACAAGCACUCAAAGAACUGGUGCUCCAUAACCCGGUUAUCCUCAAGUUACAGGAGUCCCAGCUACCAGGGCCAGACCAGCUUCAACAGUUUCAGGUGGUCUGUGAGACUGAAGAGGACAAAUUUCUGUUGCUGUAUGCCCUACUCAAGCUGUCGCUGAUCCAGGGCAAGUCCUUGCUGUUUGUCAACACUCUGGAGCGGAGUUACCGGCUCCGCCUGUUCCUGGAGCAGUUCAGCAUUCCUGCCUGCGUCCUCAAUGGGGAACUCCCACUGCGCUCCAGGUGCCACAUCAUCGCACAGUUCAACCAGGGCCUUUAUGACUGUGUCAUAGCAACUGACGCUGAAAUCUUGGGGAACCCCCUCAAGGGCAAACGGCGGGGCAGAGGAGCCAAAGGAGACAGGGCCUCUGAUCCCGAGGCUGGUGUGGCCCGGGGUAUAGACUUCCACCAGGUGUCUCUAGUGCUCAACUUCGAUCUUCCACCCACCCCUGAGGCUUACAUCCACCGAGCUGGCAGGACAGCACGUGCCAACAACCCGGGUAUAGUCUUGACCUUUGUGCUACCCACAGAGCAGACCCACCUAGGCAAGAUUGAGGAGCUGCUCAGUGGAGAGAAGGGGACCCCUGUCCUACUGCCCUACCAGUUCCAGAUGGAGGAGAUUGAAGGCUUCCGCUACCGCUGCAGGGAUGCCAUGCGCUCUGUGACGAAACAAGGCAUCCGGGAGGCGAGGCUGAAGGAGGUGAAAGAAGAGCUUUUGCGCUCAGAGAAGCUCAAGACAUACUUUGAAGACAACCCCCGGGACCUGCAGCUGCUACGGCACGACCUGCCCCUCCACCCUGCAAUUGUGAAACCUCAGCUGGGCCAUGUUCCUGACUAUUUGGUCCCUCCCACUCUUCGUGGAGUCGUCCACCCUCACAAGAAGCGGAAGAAGCCUUCCUCCCACCGGAAGGUCAAGAAGGGGAAGACCCAGAACCCACUCCGUAGUUUCAAGCACCAAGGACAGAAGCUCAGACCUGCCAAGAAUCCCUCCUGAACUCUUCCAACCCAGCACUUGGGUGGCCUGGACCACUUGCUGUCUGAAAGCCUGCCCCAGCGCAAGCACACUAGAAGCCCAGAGUACCACUGUAGGCAAGGCCAGUUUGGCACUUUGCCCCAUAACAGUAUUUCGAUGCUUCUAUGGGCUUCUAGCAUGUUGACAGGGACUGUCCCAGAGACCUUGGCAGUAAGAGGAUGGGACUUCGUGACAGAAGAACUGAUAACUCGGUCACAGUGAACUGAAACCUGCCCUCGUCCCUUCUGAUUUAUGCUGUGCUCUGGCCCAGAGUCCUUGCUGCUCAGCUUCUGCGGACUUAUGUCUUGGAUCACAUCUGGGUAUCCACCUACCUGGCAGGUACAUGUGCCUCCUUCUCUGGCUCAGAAACUAUAUUCCCUCUACCUCAAGGGAAACAACUACACCCCCCCCACACAAAUAAAUUCAAAUGGUAAAGUCAGUGGGGCCUAGGAAAAGCUAUCUCACAAUCCAGUCUUUCAGUGGUCUUCCUCAGAGCCUCACACUCACCUCUCUCAAGUCACCUCGAACUCAUAGUGACUCCGUAGGACAAAGUUGAAUUGUCCCUGUGGGUUUUUGAGACUGUAACACUUUUCGGGGAGUA